AUGUACUCGUCCGGCCAGUUUAUGAACCCGGGCCCUGCGCCUCGGCCUCCCACCGAUCGGCCGCGUUUGAACCUAACGCCCAAUGCCAACCUUCCAGGAAGCAUGGCCAACAUGGCUAUUUCCCCCAUUCGAAGUACUGCAACCUCGACGUACACCGGCUCAACCAUCUCGCUUCCGAUCGCCCGCCAACAGUCCAACAAUACCGAUGGUCUGGGUGGAGUCGCUGUCAAGAAGGAGGGUUGGGCGUCGGUCAAGGAGAGCAAGAAUUUUAUCCAACCCUGGAAGCAGAAGUACCUAAUUCUUCGCAAAGAGUCGCUCGAUUUUCACAAGACCGAGGGCGGUAAGGUUUCGUACACACUUUAUCUGAGGGAUGUAGUCAACGUCGGACGAGUCGAAGCCGCCGGUACCAUCUUCGAGAUCAAGCGCAAACCAGAUGGUUCGUCCAACAGCCCCGGCGACGACGACGGUCAAACCAAAACCCUGCAAAUCAAGGUAAAGAGUGACGAUGACUUAUAUGAGUGGAUUGACUUUAUCUACGGCGCUUGCCCAGGCAUGGGCGGAGUCAGCAAUCCUACUAACUUUUCUCACGCCGUGCAUGUUGGUUUCGAUCCAAAGACUGGUGAAUUCGUCGGUUUGCCACCGGAGUGGUCGAAACUUCUCAACUCAUCAGCCAUCACUAAAGAAGAUUAUGAGCGCAACCCUCAAGCUGUCUUCGAGGUUCUGGACUUUUACACCGAUCUUGCCAAAAGGGCUGAGAAUCCCAAUCAAUAUCCCAACCUGACGCCAACUCCUCCUACCCAGAACCAGCCCAACAAACAGCUGGGAUAUGGCAGUGGUGCCUCUGUGGCGCCUCCUCGACCUGCGCCGCCAGCCGCUUCUCAGCGCCCAGGUUACAACCCUUCUCCUGUCCAACCCAACCCCAAUGCUCCGCGUCGCCCCGCCCGCCCUGAUGAACGCCCUGCCCAGCAGGAUCAGCAGCAACAGUACCAGCAGCGCCAGCAGAUGCAACAGAUGUCCCCUAAUUACGUCUCUCAGGAUGCUCUGAGAGAGGAGCAGCGUAAGAAGCAGCUGGAGGCUCAGAGGCAGCGAGAGCGUGAAAUUGAGGAGCAGAACAGGCGCGACCUCGAAGCCUACAACGCUUCUCUUCCCAAAACCAAGGUUCCGCUUGCCCAGCAGGAAAUCGGUGGUGGUGGUUAUAGCUCAUCACCUUCUCCCCAGCCCAAUCGCUACAAUCCAACACGAGCAGCUCCACCUGCACCGAAGGCCUCGCAACAGCAGAGCAAUCUGCAGGCGCAGCGGCCUGCUCCUUCACCUCCUACCUCCUCUCAGCGGCCUCCUCUAGCCUCCCAGCCUAGCUCCAGUACUUUAAGGGAUCCUAGUCAGGCGCAGCGAACUCCUCGCGCCGACAACGCCGCACCUCGUUAUGCCAAUGGAAACCAGGCUUCACAACCUCGACAGCCGCAGCAACAGACUCAAGCAUCGCGCUUACCAGCUCCCGUCAAGCCCCUGAAUGUUGCACCCAAGCCCAGUCAGCCCCAGCAGCAGGCUGAUGGCGUUAAGGCCGCCGAAGCUGCUCUAACUGCCAAGCCAUCGCCUUCGGAGCGUAAGCAGGAUGUCAGAAUGUCUACUAUGUCCGAAAGUGAGGUUAUGGCCAAGCUUAAGGAAGCCGUUUCGAAGGACGACCCAAACAUUUCCUAUUCCAAGCAGAAGAAGAUCGGACAGGGUGCAUCAGGGUCUGUCUACGUUGCUAAGAUUAAGGAGACAGCUGUGGGCAUCGCCCGUGAUAUUCUGCGUGCCCAGGGUCCUCGGGCCCAGGUUGCCAUCAAACAAAUGGACCUCGCUCACCAACCUAGGAAGGAGCUCAUCGUGAACGAAAUCAUGGUUAUGAAAGACAGCCGGCACCGCAACAUUGUUAACUUCUUGGAUGCUUUCCUACGCAAUAACAACGCGGAGCUCUGGGUCGUUAUGGAAUUCAUGGAAGGAGGUGCUCUUACUGACGUGAUUGACAACAACCCGUCCAUCUCCGAGGAGCAAAUCUCGACUAUUUGCCACGAGAAUAUUAUUCAUCGUGAUAUCAAGAGUGAUAAUGUUCUACUCGACGCUCGUGGAAACGUGAAAAUCACCGAUUUUGGUUUCUGCGCCAAGCUCACGGAGACAAAGUCCAAGCGAGCCACCAUGGUGGGAACCCCCUAUUGGAUGGCCCCCGAGGUUGUCAAGCAGAAGGAAUACGGUCCCAAGGUCGAUAUCUGGUCUUUGGGUAUUAUGGCGAUUGAGAUGAUAGAGUCCGAGCCGCCAUAUCUUAACGAGGAACCUCUCAAAGCUCUCUACCUCAUCGCAACAAAUGGAACUCCUCGGCUCAAGAAGCCUGAGAAACUGAGCAAAGAACUGAAGGCAUUUUUGUCUGUCUGCCUGUGCGUGGACGUCAAGAGCCGUGCCUCUGCUGAUGAGCUCCUGGCUCAUGACUUUUUGCGACAUGGUUGCCCAUUGGCUAGCUUGGCAGAUCUUCUUGCUUUCAAGAAGCACGCCAAAUAA